AUGAUCCACUUGAAUUUGUGGUCACUCACCCAGCCUGUGGGCAUCAUUCGAAUAUUGGCAGCCAUCCUCACUUGUAUGUGCUUUAGCCUUGUGGCGACGGUGGGCUACAGCUCAUCUCCCUACUGGGCGUGGUGCAUGUUCACCUGGGUCUUCUGCUUCUUCUUCACCCUUCUCAUUCUUAUCCUGGAGUUUACAACUGUCAGCGCCAAGUUACCUUUCGCCUGGGAUGACUCCACCGCUGCCUUUGCUAUACUGUCGAGCCUCAUGUGCUUGGCCACCUCCAUCAUCUACCCCACCUUUUUCACCUGCAACACCUGCCACCGCGAGAUUGGUGCAUCUGUGAUGUCCUGGCUCUGUUUCGGGGUGUAUGCAGGUGAGGUGGCCCUGACACGCCUUCGCCCGAGUGGACAGAACAGCGGGUUUCUCUCCACAUUGCCCGGUAUAAUGAAGAUACUGGAGACCUUCCUCGCCUGUCUCAUCUUCAUGUCCCUGGAGAGACAGCAGUAUGUCGGCUCCCCGGGACUGCAGUGGUGCGUGGCCGUGUACUCCUUGUGUUUCAUCUUUUGCAUCAUCAUAAUCCUGCUCACCAUUGGACAGCUGACCUCUAUUCCAUUCUCCUUUGACAAACUGGUUAUUGUUUAUAACAUUUUGGCAGCAGUGAUGUAUUCGACAGCUAUGGUGAUAUGGCCACUGUACAGUUUCUCCAACAAUAAGAGACCUAAUAACUGUGGCCACCUUUGUCCCUGGGAUAAAUUAGUGAUGGUCACCUUCAUGACCAUCUUCAACUUCAUUGUUUACACUCUGGACUCUGUCUACUCCAUACACCUUGUGUUCUUUGUCAGUAACCAGUGA